GGAGUUCGCAACUGGAAUCACUACUCCAACGAUAAUAAGACAUGGUGCUUAUCAGCAAUUAUAAAUUCGCUCGUCCUUCUUAUCAAGUGUAAUUUAUAAAGCUUUCUCGCUCUACCUACACAUUUGUUGUUGCGUGUGGUCGUCGAACAAGCUCCGGUAAAAAUCGAUAAAAAAAUGAUAAAAAUGUCGGUAUUGGCGGUUUUAUCAGUUGUGCUUAGUUUCACAACGAUCACUCAGGGUAUGGGUCUAGGUAUGGCUGAUCGAUGCUUAACAUGUCAAGAUGAAAACUGUGAGAUGGCCGUUUUAGCAAAGUGUGACAUUAGUUCAGUAUCAUCGGUACCAGAGUUAGGCAUAUCUACAGAAAAAGCCAGAGCGUUUGGUUGUUUGGACUUAGAAUACAAGGAAAAUUCGGACACGAAAAAGCUGAAACGAUGCAUCGGAUUAUCUGACGAAGAUAUCUGUAAGACUGCUCAACGCAAGCUUAAGGUAAACAAAUGUGAAGUCUCUAAACCAACGCAGACUGGAAGAUUCAGCUACUAUUUACAAGAAGAGAAUCUAGAUGCCAUCAUGAAAAGCUCAGAAACUACGCCUACGAGUACAAAAGGAACUAAACCUUCAAAACAUGACACUAGUACAGAAACAACUAUUCCUUCCACAACAAAAGGAAGUAAAGGUACAACUUUAAAACCUGUCCCUAGUACAAAAGCAACUGUUCCUUCCACAACAAAAGCAAGUAAAAGUACAACUUCAGAACCUGUCACUAGUCCACAAACAAGUCAAAAAACCUCUCCUGAAGCCACCACAGAAAAAAGUACAACUUCAAAACCUGCCACUACUACAAAAGAAAGUGAAACAACAACUUCAAACUCUGAAACCACCACAGAAACAAGAGAAACGACAACUUCGAAGACUAAUUCUGCUAGUUCUAUAAUUACAAGCAAAUUGUCAGGAUUAACAAUAGUAACUAUUGUUCUAUGUUAUUUGAUGUAAAUUAAAAUAUUUUUUCUGACCUGUUUUUAUACAAUUUCCUUUGGUUCUAUUUGCCGCUCAAAGUAACUCUCUGGAACAGGC